UGUGGGGGCUUUCACUGAGGUCUACUGCUUUUUUAGUGCGAACAAAGCGACAAUCAAAUAAUGAACCAAAGUUUUUAAUAUCUUUAUAUUGUUUUGAUGUUUGAUUUUUUGUCUUCAUUCAUAUAGUUAAGUCGGUCCGGUUUCUUUCAUCUUUAGUCGUUAUGUGUAGCUUUUGGUUCUUGUUUGUUUCCGGGGAAAAAGUGGUAUUAAAUUCGCUGAAGCUGAGCUUAAAGACAGUUCGAAGUAUGAAGUUAGGGCUGUAGUUUAACCAAAAUUAGUUUUCGUUGUGAAGGACAUGUGAGUUUUGGCGCCAUUUUGCGGGAAAAAAAAGGGUCAAUCGGAUCAUGUUGUGAAGGGUUAUGAGCUCUGCAUCAACUCAACUUAUCACUUCAAGAAAGAUGGGCAUAUAUGAUCCAUUCCAACAGGUCAGCAUGUGGGAAGAUCCCUUCAAAGGCGAUAUUAGCCCAAAUACAGGUGCCUCCACGAUUUUACAGGUGGAUGCUGGGCUGCCAAACAAGUCUGAAUUUAAUUCUCAAGAAUUGACGGGACCUUCCAGAAAUGAUGAAGAAGGAAACAAUACUGCUGAUAAGGUACGGAGACGCCUGGCACAAAAUCGUGAAGCUGCUCGUAAAAGUCGAUUGCGGAAGAAGGCCUAUGUUCAACAGUUAGAAACAAGUCGUUUGAAGUUGGCACAACUGGAACUCGAACUUGAGAAAGCUAGGAAGCAGGGUGUGUAUGUAAGCAGUGCUCUGGACACCAGUCAUCUGGGAUUUUCUGGAAAUGUAAACUCAGGCAUUGCUGCAUUUGAGAUGGAAUAUGCACACUGGGUUGAAGAGCAAAAUAGACAGAUUUUUGAACUUAGAAAUGCAUUGCAAGCUCAUGUAACUGAAAUAGAACUUCGUAUGCUUGUAGAGAGUGGCUUGAACCAUUAUCAUAAUUUGUUUCGCAUGAAAGCAGAUGCGGCAAAGGCUGAUGUCUUUUAUUUGAUGUCCGGUGUGUGGAGAACAACAACGGAACGCUUUUUCCUUUGGAUUGGAGGAUUCCGCCCAUCAGAGCUUCUAAAUGUCCUCAGGCCACAGCUUGAGCCUUUGACUGAUCAACAAGUUCUGAGUGUAUGCAACCUCCGACAGUCAUCUCAGCAAGCAGAAGAUGCCCUCUCACUAGGAAUGGAAAAACUCCAGCAGAGUCUGGCCCAUAGCAUAGGAGCUGAAUCAGUACUUGCCGGUAAUUAUGGGUCUCAGAUGGCUGCCGCAAUGGAGAAGUUGGAAGCACUAGAGGGAUUUGUGAACCAGGCAGAUCAUCUUCGUCAACAAACUCUGCAGCAAAUGUCUCGCAUCCUAACAACCCACCAAGCAGCUCGAGGCUUGCGCCUUGGGGAGUACUUUCACCGUCUCCGUGCUCUCAGUUCGCUGUGGGCUGCUCGUCCCCGUGAACCUGAAUAGCCUAGAAAGCACCACUAGAAUCACCUCAUAUAGGUACACCAUAUAUAGGUAGGCGUUACCCCUUGUUCACGCCUCAGCUGCAAAGGGAAUGAAUAUGGUAAUUUUUGUUUCAAAGCAGUCUCUCUAGUUUAUAAGGUGUAAAUAUGUAUUUCAAUGUUGUGUAUCAAUUAGGAUUUAGGAAAUUAAGUUACCCUACAAUGCAUUUGGUAGGCUAUAUCGUGUAUAUUGUGAUGAAAAGGUAAUUUUGAAAUUAGUACUUUUCAAACAUGUUGAGACAAUUGCCCAUUAUAUGAAAACUUCAUAUUUUAUCUUCA